CUCGUCGAACCCUUUAGACGGUGGGACGUGCUAAAAAGGAAAUAGUACUUGUCACCUGCAUCAGGGGUGACUGGCCACCCAGACGAGUCCUAUCCAAAUUGACACGUCGGAUCUGAACGCGCUUCUCGGCUCCGAGUGUGGCUAGCGAUGCUUGACUGUGGCCCAAUGGACUUGUUUUUCCCGGGGAGGCCAUAACACCAGAGACGCUUCUGUCACAUAAAACACCUGACACCUUCCUCCACCAGUUCCAACCUGCUUGGAUGAAGUCUUCACUUCCUUACCACACUCACCAUUGCUCUGGACUGUUGAGCCCAAUGCAGAUCACAAUGUCAUCUGCGAACAUCAUGGUCCACAGGGAUUCCAGUCUAACCUCAUCUGUCCAUCACCACUGCAAACAGGAAGGGGCUCAGGGCUGAUCCCUGAUGCAGUCCCACCUCCAUAAACAUGUCCUGUACUAUUCUAAGAUACUUCUCUGCCACUCCAGACCUCCGCAUGCAGUACGACAGUUCCUCUACUAAGAACCCGCUUCCCACCUCUCCUUCGUCUUCAAACCACAGUAGCUCAAUUUCCACCGGCGCCCUGUACGUUAACUGGGCCAGUGGCGCACGUUGUUAACCCAGGUCACGACGGAUCUGGAACACCUGACUUUGGCGAUAUCGGGCGAUAUCACUGCUUCUAUAAAUAACUAGCUGAGGAAAUGGCUAAGGAGCACAAAUACAGCAUGACAGAAACAUUUGUACUGGCCGGAUCGAAUGGCCACAAUGGGCAACUGUGGCACACGGCGACCACCAACUCGGUGCUAGCAGGUGACGCCUCUGGUGCCAACCACGUGUCCAGGAUUGCCCGCGUGGCCUCCGAUGUCAAGCACACGUGCGCUGCCUAUGUGCUGGCGCUCAGGCCAUGGAGCUUCAGCGCCUCGCUCACGCCGGUGGCCCUCGGAAGCGCCUUGGCCUACAAGCUGGAGGGAUCAGUGGACUUGGUUGUCCUCCUGGUGUGUGCGGUGGCCGUGCUGGUAGUGCACGGUGCGGGAAACCUGGUCAACACCUACUACGACUUCUCCAAAGGCAUCGACCACAAGAAGAGCGAUGAUAGGACUCUGGUGGACGAGAUCCUUGCACCGCAGGACGUUGUCAUGUUUGGAGCCUUGUUAUACUCUUUGGGAUGCUUGUGUGCAACAUUGCUCUUCUUCCUGUCUACACUCAGACUGGAACACCUUGCCCUGAUUUACUUCGGGGGACUCUCCAGCUCUUUUUUAUACACUGGAGGGAUUGGUUUUAAGUACGUGGCCCUGGGAGACGUGGUCAUCCUCAUCACUUUCGGCCCGCUGGCCGUCAUGUUUGCACACGCCGUGCAAGUGGGCUACCUGUCGGUCCUGCCUCUAGUCUACGCUGUUCCGCUGGCCCUCAACACUGAGGCCAUCCUCCACAGCAACAACACCCGCGACAUGGACUCGGACAAGCAGGCGGGUAUCGUAACGUUGGCCAUCCUCAUCGGGCCCACGCUCUCCUACAUGCUCUUCAACCUGCUGCUCUUCGUCCCCUAUGUGCUCUUCUGCAUACUGGCCACGCGCUACACCAUCAGCAUGGCACUGCCCCUGCUCUCGCUGCCCAUGGCCUUCCCCCUGGAGAAGCUGUUCCGCAGCCGGUGCUACACCAAAAUCCCCCAGAGGACAGCCAAGCUCAACCUACUCAUGGGACUGUUUUACGUCUUUGGCAUCAUUCUGGCUCCUCAGGGCAGCCUUCCCUUACUGUGAUUAACAUUUAAAAUGUUUUUUGUCUGUUUGUUUUUUAAAUACAGAUACAGACUACUUUGUGUACUUCACACACUUUAAUUUAUUAUUUAAUUUAUGUCCUGUAGAAAUAGCUUUAGCUCUAGCUCUGUGACACUGAACACAGAUGUUUAUUCAGGUCAAUGCCUAGUUGCCAUAUUUCUUUUGAUCAGAUGCCUGAAAACAUCACUAAAAUAUUGACUUUG